AUGUGCUCCCAGAGCCAGCUGACCGCUACGCUCCUGACCUCCAUCGUGGCCGCGGUCUUCGGCUCCCUGCAGAUUGGAUAUCACACAGGGAACGUCAACGCUCCGGCCAGGAUCAUUGAAGAGUUCUUCAAUGAGACAUGGACGUCUCGGCACAAUGAGUCCAUGCCCGACCACAGCCUCACCUUUCUGUGGUCACUCUCCGUGAGCAUCAAAGACUUUGGAGCGCUCCUGGGGUCACUAGGGGUCAAAUGUCUCGCAGACUAUUAUGGAAGACGGAAUUCCAUCCUGGUCGUGAACAUCUUGUCCAUCGUAAGUGCCUGUUUGAUGGUCUCCAGCAAGAGCCUGCAGUCCUUUGAGGUUCUCAUCAUGGGCCGUCUGAUCUUUGGCAUAUUCUGCGGCCUUGCCAUGAGCCUGAACCCCCUCUAUAUCCAAGGGGUCUCGCCCACCAACCUGCGUGGUGCCUUUGCCACCCUGAACCAGGUCUCCUUUGCUUUAGGCAUUCUUCUGGGCAUGGUGGUCGGCCUGGAGACGGCUCUGGGUACGGAGGAGAACUGGGCCAUCAUGCUGUCUCUGUCCCUCAUCCCCGCCGUGCUGCAGUACUUAACUCUGCCCUUCUGUCCCGAGAGCCCGCGCUACCUACUCAUCAACCAGGGCAAGGAGGAGCAGGCCGAAAAGGCCUUGCAGAGACUCCGGGGUGAUCGUAACAUAGUCUUGCAGGAGCUGGAGGAGAUGAAGGAGGAAGCCACCAACAGCGACAAGGGUGUCACCAUCAGAGAGUUCCUCACCAAGCGGCGAUACAAACAGCCCAUCAGGCUGGUUCUGAUUAUCAACUUGGGCAGCCAGUUGUCUGGGUUCAAUGCAAUUAUAAAUUAUUCAACAAAAAUGUUUGCCAAGUCCAAAUUUGAUGAGGCGAAAUAUCUGACACUGGGGGUUGGGGCCGUGAACGUGGCGUUCACCAUAGUCGCUUUUUUCUUGGUGGAACGAGCUGGACGAAGGCGUCUGCUCCUGACCGGCUUCCUGUCUUUGGCGCUAUGCAACAUGCUGAUGACCAUUACAGACUCCAUCCUGCAUAUUGUGCCAGACGUGAGGAGCCUGCACGUGUUCGUGGUGUUUUUCCUCAUCUCUGCGUACGAGGUCGGGCCGGGGCCCAUUUCCUGGUUCAUCGCGGCGGAACUCUUUGACCAGUCGGCGCGGCCCAUGGCCAUGGCCUUCACCAGCAUGCUGAACUGGGGAGGGAAGUUCCUGCUGGCUCUGCUCUUCCCCCCACUACUCAAACUCUGUGGGCCGUAUGUAUAUUUGCUCUUCAUGACAAUGGCCGUCGUGUCCUUCUUCUACACCCUGUUCCGUUUGCCCGAGACACGUGGGCGUACGUUUGACGACAUCGCAGCAGAGUUCCGUGGGUCAGAGGGCAUCCCGCUGCGAAACAAGAGCAACUUCAACACGUUCAGCACCUGA